AUGUACCUCUCUCUUGGUUCAAGGACAGAAGUUAACAUCAACAGCAGCUUCCAAGUUGGCAGUGGUGCUCAAGGUGGCAUAAGUAAUGGAAUCCAAGUUGGCAGUGGUGCUCAAGGUCACAUAAGUAAUGGAAUCCAAAUUGGCAGUGGAGCUCAAGGUGGCAUAAGUAAUGGAAUCCAAGUUGGCAGUGGUGCUCAAGGAGGCAUAAGUACCGGAAUCCAAGUUGGCGGUGGUGUUCAAGGUGGCCUAAGUAACGGAAUUCACAUUGGUGGUGGUGUUCAAGGUGACAUGAGUAGUGGAAUCCAAGUUGGAGGUGGUGCUCAAGGUGGCCUAAGUAGUGGAAUCCAAGUUGGAGGUGGUGCUCAAGCUGGCCUAAUUAACAGUAUCCAAGAUGGCGGUGGUGCUCAAGCUGGCCUCAGUAACGGUAUCCAAGUAGGUGGUGGAGCUCAAGGUGGAAUACAUAGCGAAAUCCAAGAAGGUUCUACUCAAGUUGGCAUACGGAACGGAAUCCAAGUUGGCGGUGGUGUGCAAGGUGGCAUAAGUAAUGGAAAUCAAGAAGGUGGUGCUCAAGUUGGCAUAAGAAAUGGAAUCCAAGUUGGUGGUAGUGUGCAAGGUGGCUUUAGUAAUGGAAUCCAAAUUGGUAGUGGUGCGCAAGGUGUCCUAAGUAGUGGAAUCCAAGUUGGUGGUGGUGCUCAAGGUGGCACAAAUAACGGAAUCCAAGUAGGCGGUGGUGCUCAAGGUGGCCUAAGUAACGGAAUCCAAGUUGGUGGUGGUGUUCGAGGUAGCAUAAGUAAUGGAAUCCAAGUUGGAGGUGGCUCUCUAGGUGACAUAAGAAGUGGACUCCAAAUGGGAGGUGGUGGUCAAGGUGGCCUAAGUAGUGGAAUCCAAGCUGGCAGUGGUGCUCAAGGUGGCUAUAGUAAUGGAAUCCAAGUUGGCGGUGAUGCUCAAGGUGGCCUAACUAAUGGAAUCCAAGUUGGCGGUGGUGCUCAAGGAGGACUAAGUAGCGGAAUCCAAGUUGGAGGUGGUGUUCAAGGUGGCAUAAGUAAUGUAAUCCAAGUUGGCGGUGGCACUCAUGGUGGCCUAAGUAAUGGAAUCCAAGUUGGCAGUGGUGCUCAAAGUGGCAUAAAUGUGAAUGGCAUAGAUGUGACGAAGAUUCUGGGUGGAGUUGUGAAUGUACAUAAUGAGGAACAAGGAAACACAAAAGUUAACAUCAAUAGCGGAAUCCAAGUUGGAGGUGGUGCUCAAGGUGGCCUAAGCAGUGGAAUCCAAGUUGGCGGUGGUGUCCAUAGUGGCCUAAGUAAUGGAAUCCAAGUUGGCGGUGGUGUCCAAAGUGGCCUAAGUAAUGGAAUCCAAGUUGGCGGUGGUGCUCAAGGUGGCAUAAGUAAUGAAAUCCAAGUUGGCGGUGGUGCCCAAGGUGGCCUAAGUAAUGGAAUCCAAGUUGUCAGUGGUGUUCAUGGUGGCAUAAAUAACGGAAUCCAAGUUGGCGGUGGUGCUCAAGUUGGCCUAAGUGACGGAAUCCAAGUUGGCGGUGGUGCCCAUGGUGGCCUAAGUAACGGAAUCCAAGUAGGCGGUGGUGCUCAAGGUGGCAUAAACGGGAAUGGCAUAGAUGUGACGAAGAUUCUGGGUGGAGUUGUAAAUGUACAUGAGGAGCAUGGAAAGACAAACCUGGUUGGCGUGAAUGGUGGUAUGCAGUUGGGCAAUGCCAACAUACAACUAGGAGGUGUGCUGGGACAAGAUAGUGGGCGCACAGUGCAUAUUGCCGGGCAACAAGAUAUUCAGGGUGGAAUUAAAAACCUGAUUGAUGUGAAUGGUGGUGCACAGUUGGGCAAUGCUGACAUACACGUGGGGGGUAUGCUGGGACAACAAAGUGGGCAGACAGUGCAAAUCUCUGGGCAACAAGACAUUCAGAGUGGAUUGAAAAACCUGGUUGGCGUGAAUGGUGGUGUAGAGCUGGGGAAUGCCAACAUACAACUGGGAGGUGUGCUGGGACAACACAGUGGGCACACAGUGCAUAUUUCCGGGCAACAAGAUAUUCAGGGUGGAAUUAAAAACCUGGUUGGCAUAAAUGGUGGUGUAGAGCUGGGGAAUGCCAACAUAGAACUGGGAGGUGUGCUGGGACAACACAGUGGGCACACAGUGCAUAUUUCCGGGCAACAAGAUAUUCAGGGUGGAAUUAAAAACCUGAUUGAUGUGAAUGGUGGUGCACAGUUGGGCAAUGCUGACAUACACGUGGGGGGUAUGCUGGGACAACAAAGUGGGCAGACAGUGCAAAUCUCUGGGCAACAAAACAUUCAGAGUGGAUUGAAAAACCUGGUUGGCGUGAAUGGUGGUGUAGAGCUGGGGAAUGCCAACAUACAACUGGGAGGUGUGCUGGGACAACACAGUGAGCACACAGUGCAUAUUUCCGGGCAACAAGAUAUUCAGGGUGGAAUUAAAAACCUGGUUGGCGUGAAUGGUGGUGUAGAGCUGGGGAAUGCCAACAUAGAACUGGGAGGUGUGCUGGGACAACACAGUGGGCACAAAGUGCAUAUUUCCGGCCAACAAGAUAUUCAGGGUGGAAUUAAAAACCUGAUUGAUGUGAAUGGUGGUGCACAGUUGGGCAAUGCUGACAUACACGUGGGGGGUAUGCUAGGACAUCAAAGUGGGCAGACAGUGCAAAUCUCUGGGCAACAAGACAUUCAGAGUGGAUUGAAAAACCUGGUUGGUGUGAAUGGUGGUGCACAGUUGGGUAAUGCCAACAUACAACUGGGAGGAGUGCUGGGACAACACAGUGGGCACACAGUGCAUAUUGCCAGGCAACAAGACAUUCAGGGUGGAAUUAAAAACCUGGUUGACGUGAAUGGUGGUGUACAGCUGGGCAAUGCCAACAUACAACUGGGAGGUGUGCUGGGACAUCAAAGUGGGCACACAGUGCAUAUUGCUGGGCAACAAGAUAUUCAGGGUGGAAUUAAAAAUCUGGUUGAUGUAAAUGGUGGUGUACAGCUGGGCAAUGCCAACAUACAACUGGGAGGAGUGCUGGGACAACACAGUGGGCACACAGUGCAUAUUACUGGGCAACAAGAUAUUCAGGGUGGAAUUAAAAACCUUCCUGAUGUGAAUGGUGGUAUACAGCUGAGCACUGCCAACAUACACAUGGGCGGUGUCCUGGGACAACAAAGUGUGCGGACAGUGCAAAUCUCCAGUCAACAAGAAAUUCAGGGUAAUUCUGCAGUUGGUGUUAAAUUUGGCCAAGAACAUGGUAGCAAAGAGAAACAUGGAGGUUUUGACAUUAAAGUAAAGGGUGGAAGUGAAGAAUCAUCUGAAGAAGAUAACGCAAGUGAAAAUAAGGUUAACAUAGACAAUUUGACGUUUGCAGUUAAAUUUGGCAAUGGACAUGGCAGCAAAGAGAGUCAUGGAAGCUUGAAAAUUAACUUAAAAGGCGGAAAGUCAUCUGAUGAAGAUAACACAAAUGGAAAUAAGGGUACUUUUGGGCUUGGAGCUUAUAAUAUCAGCCAUGGACAUGGCGGCAAAGAGAGUCAUGGAAGCUUGGAUAUUACCAUAAAGAGUGGAAAUUCAGAUGAGGAAGAGAAGACAAACAGAAAUAAGGGUACUUUUGGGCUUGGAGCUAAUAUCGGCCAUGGACAUGGCAGCAAAGAAAGUCAUGGAAACUUGGAUAUUACCAUGAAGGGUGGAAAGUCAUCUGAGGAAGAUAACACAAAUGGAAAGAAAGGUAAUUCUGGAUUUGGAGCUAAAUUUGGCCAAGAAAAUGAUAGCAUAAGAAAACAUGGAGGCUUUGGAAUAAACAUAAAGGGCGGAAGUGAAGAAUCAUCUGAUGAAGACAAUGCAAGUGAAAAUAAGGCUAAAGUCGGCCAUGGACAUGGCAGCAAAGAGAUUCAUGGAAACUUGAAUAUUACCAUAAAGGGUGGAAAGUCAUCUGAGAAAGAUAACACAAAUGGAAAAAAGGGUACUUUUGGGCUUGGAGCUAAUAUCGGCCAUGGACAUGGCAGCAAAGACAGUCAUGGAAACUUGGAUAUUACCAUAAAGGGUGGAAAGUCAUCUGAGGAAGAUAACACAAAUGGAAAGAAGGGUAUGUACACUACUGUUCAAAAGUUUGGGGUCACCCAGGCAAUUUUGUGUUUUCCAUGGAAACUCAGUUUUAUUUAUCAAAUGAGUUGCAAAAUGAAUUAA